AGACUAGAUGAGGUACUGCAGAACCAGCAACAGUUACAACAAAAUCAAGAAAAAAUACUACAUGGACUUGAUGAGCUAAAGCAGGACCAACAGCAAGGACAAGAGGACAUAAAGCAAGGACAGUCAGGUCUACAGAAAGGACUUGAAGAACUAAAACAGGAACAACAGCAAGGACAAGAGGACAUAAAGCAAGGACAGUCAGGUCUACAGCAAGGACUUGAAGAGCUAAAGCAGGAACAACAGCAAGGAAAAGAGGUAAUGAAGCAAGUGCAGUCAGGUCUAGAGAAAGGACUUGAAGAACUAAAGCAGGGCCAACAUCAAGGACAAGAGGAGAUACUCAAAGGAAUUCAUAACCUACAGAAACCAUCAACAUCAAAAGCCUCAGAAUUGUCAAGUGAAGAUGUGGAAGAGUACUCCAUCAAACUCAAGGAAGCAAUAACAAAGCAAACAGAUUUGCUACCAAAAGGACCCGAUCAAUCAAGACUGAAAACUGACGAUAUUUUCACAAAUCUGACCAUUUAUCACGGGAGAAAAGAAUGUCUACAGCAAACAGCAGAAGAAGACGAACGUAAAACGGCAACUGACGAUAUUUUUGCAAGACUGGCCAUUAAUCACAGGACAAAAAAAAGGCUACAGCAAACAACUCCAGAAGACCAUCGCCCACGUAAAAUGGCAACUGAACUUAAGCAAUGCUCUGAUAUAUUUGUUGGUGAAAAYGAAGAAGACGAUCCAAAGUCAAUUUUGGUUUCUGGCGAACCAGGUAUUGGAAAAACUUUGUUCUCGCAGAAAAUCGUCAGAGACUGGUCAACAAAUUGCAUAUCGAUCCCUAACAUUAAAUUUACAUACCUGAUAACGUUCAGGCAACUUGUCAUGCUUGGCAACAAAGAGCU